AUGACCCCUUCAGCCACAAUGCCCAGGAAAAAGAAAGUUUUUAUUGGCAGUCGUCGGAAGGGCUACUCAAAGAGAGGUCCGAAACAACAUGGUGUCAGUUCUUCCUUUAUCUACGACCAUUCCUAUUCAUCAAUUCAAUCAACUGUACUUGAUGUUUGCAGUUCAAGAGAUGUACUGUGGGACAGAGCAUGGAAAUCUUUCUUCAUUGACCUCACUGAUGAACCCAUAGGUAUACCUUGCCUGGAAGAAGCGAUAGAUUCUGAUGGUUGCUCGGCUGAUGAAUUCUUUGUCAUUUUGGACACAAUUCACCAGUAUCAUCCGGAUAUCAAUUUAGAUGAAUUUGUUGAUGGCAUUCUGCAAUACCACAGAUACCAGCAAUAUUUAACAUUGAAAAAGGAGCUGUUACAUCAUGCAGAUGAGCUUGGCAAUUUUACAAUUUUAAGAAACAAGCGAGAAGAAGUUAAUAUUGUGCAGUGUUAUGACAGUGAUGUAGCCGCAGUUCACCUUUCUGUUGUCAUCAAGCCAUCAUUUGCUGCAACAAUAUAUGCACAUCGACAUCAUAUUGGCCCAAAUCAUGAAUUCUGGAUUGGUUUACCUGAAUUUUUCUCCAAUCUUAGAGAUGUGAAGAAACUUUUGUUAAAACUGUCUACAUACAGUGUUUGCGUAGGGAAUUAUGAAGACAGAUUCAAACACUUGAUUCCAAUUGGUUCAGGCUUAAGUGAAACAGCCACUUCGACUAUAUCCGCCUACAAAGAAGGAGAUUUUGGAGCCAACAUUAAUGGAAUUGCGUAUACUUCCACCAUCCGGUCUCAAAAGUGUCAGUUCCUUGUUUCUCAGAGAGAACGUUGUAGCCAUUGCUGUAAAUACAGAGCCACGCUCCGAGCAAAUGCCAGACGAGUCAGCCUUUCCCAGAAAAAACAGAAACUAAAUGCAAUCAGGCACACGACACAUAAGAACAUGUCAAAGAAUGAAGUUAUAGAGAAGUACCAAAUAAUGAAAAGCAGUCGAAAUUCCAUUCAGCUUGAAAUGGAGCGAUUAAAGAAAACGAUCAACAAGAAUAUUACCCAGAAAGGUCUUCCUAGAGUCUGAUUCAAAAGCUCUAUGAAGCUGCUGUUUGUGACCUGCGAUGGGGCACCAAACCAUGAGUUCUUCAGCCUACAUAAAGUACCUCAGCUGAAUAAUUUCUACUGGAGAUUGAAUCACUACAGUCAUCCACUCAGGAAGCUGUACUUGAUUUCUGAUGUUCCUCAUCUUAUCAAAACAACCAGAAACUGAUUUUCCUAUUCAGGAUCUCAUAAAAAAGACCUGAGA